AAGAAAAAAAAAAGGAGAUAUAAAAACGGGCUUUAACCGAAAUGAAGGUGAAUAAUGCCUGCGUCUAUGGAUUCUCCAUCUCCAAAAAGGCUUCCCUUUGAAUCUGAAGACGAAUCUGCCGAGAAGGAUCGGAUCAGCUAUUUGCCCCAUGAUGUUAUAGGCUUUAUAUUAUCUCUUUUGAGAUCUAAAGAAGCACAAGCGACUUGUCUUCUUUCCAGAAGAUGGAGGCAUUUGUCUACUUAUCAGAUUCUCAAACUUCAAUCUUUUGAUUCACCCAAGGAAAACUUGCUUAUUCAUCAGCUGCCUAAAUUAACAAGUGUCAAGCUAUUGGAACUGAAAUUCGACGGAGCAAGAGGUGCAAGUCUACUUCCAUUGACUCUCGUGAUCGAGGCAUGUCCCUGCUUGCAGAGUUUUGUGUUUGAGAUGACAUACCCAUGGGAGAUGCUAUGCACGCAGAGAGAACUAGAAAGAGUUGUUGGAUCUCCCCAUUGGUACCUAAAGGAGGUUGAAUUUAACAAUUAUCAUGGUCAACUUUGUGAUCUAGAACUAGUGUAUUACCUUGUCGAGAAUGCGCCUGCUCUUGAGAAGUUAGUGGUGAAUCCCUGCGUUGAACAAUAUCUUAAGGACGUGAUAAAAAGUGCUCUGCAACAACUCAAGGGAAAGUUACCUCCAAGAAUUGAGCUGGUGAUUAAUUAACGAAACCAGAGCCUCAUUCACUUGGCAUCUAUAGUACUGUUAUGGUUGGCUAUUAUUCUGCAUCCUAAUCCUCUUCUCCCGUUUAAACUUAUUUUUCUGACUGCAGAUAUAAGUUUGCUUAUUAAUAAUUUGUUGUUCCAGAUUUUUUAAUUCGGAUUUUUAAGUAAUGUAAUUGACUCUUUUGCAUUUUUACCCAAUAUGGGAAGCGGCGAGGCCAUGGAUAAUGGAUGUUGCUGGUUUUUGGUUUAA